AAUACCAACUUCUCCCUGAGUGAAGUACAUGAGAGAAGCAACUCCCUAUGUGAAGAAAGGCUCUCCUGUUUCAGAAAUUGGGUGGGAGACGCCUCCCCCCGAAUCUCCCCGCUUGGGUUGUGCCUCUGCUGACCCCCUGUCGCAGCUUUCGCUCUCCAUCCACAGAGACAAGAAGACAAUACCGCUCAAGAUGUGCUACGUGACGCGCAACAUGACGGUGUCAGACCCCGAAAACAGACUUAUUGAAGUUCAUUCACCUGAUGCCAAGCACACCGUGGUGCUCAGGAGUAAGGAUUCGGCUACAGCCCAGGCCUGGUUCAAUGCCAUCCACUCCAGUGUCAAUGAGCUCAUCCCCAGGGUGAUUGCAGAGGUCAGAGACCAGCUGGGUAAAACAGGGAUUGCUGGAAGUCGAGAGAUUAGGCACCUAGGCUGGCUUGCAGAAAAGGUGCCAGGAGACAAUGAGAAGCACUGGAAACCAGUGUUAGUGGUCUUGACGGAGAAAGACCUCUUAAUAUAUGAGAGCAUGCCACGGAUGAAGGAAGCUUGGUUCAGCCCUCUGCAUACCUACCCCCUGCUAGCCACCAGGUUGGUCCAUUCUGGCCCAGGAAAAGGCUCACCGCAGUCAGGGGUGGAUUUGUCUUUUGCAACCCGUACUGGUACAAGACAAGGGAUUGAAACCCAUCUGUUCAGGACAGAGACUAGCCGGGACCUCUCACUGUGGACGAGGAGCAUAGUGCAGGGCUGCCACAAUUCUGCGGAGCUCAUCACGGAAAUCACCACAUCUUGCACAUACAAAAGCCAGGAGUGCCGUUUGACCAUCCAUUACGAACAUGGAUUCUCUCUUACAACUGAACCGCAAGAUGGUGCCUUCUCUAAGACAAUAGCACAAUAUCCCUAUGAAAAACUUAAAAUAUCCUCAGAUGAUGGGAUAAGGAUGCUUUAUUUAGACUUCGGAGGAAAGGAUGGAGAAAUUCAACUGGACCUUCAUUCCUGCCCAAAACCAAUUGUGUUCAUCAUUCAUUCCUUCCUGUCAGCAAAGAUUACAAGACUUGGCUUGGUGGCAUAAGUGGGGUACAUCUGUUUCCUCAAAGAAAGACGGAGCGACCAUGCUAAUCUGAAGUACUGUCAACAGCAGCAACCCCUACAUCUAGCAGCAUACACCAGCCUGGGGUUCAGGACCGGGCCUUGGCCAUUUCUGCAGUCCUCCAAGGCCCAGGUUUCAUUUUGAUCAGCUAAAGAGGUGGCACGACAAGUAAAACAGUGGAUUUCGUUGUAAAUAAUGGGAUUUUAAAACCCCAUGUGAGACAGUAAAAGCAUGUAGUACCAUACGUGUAAAUGUUUCAGAAUCAUGAAUUGUGCCUAUUUCAAUGUACUUGUUUAUAUAGAAUAAGUAAAGGGCUAAGCAGACAAGAGCGGGUGUUGGUUGUGAUGCAAGCUCAAGGUUGUUAAGAGUAGAAGUUCUCCAAAUGAGAUUGUCCCACCACCCAAAAGUAAAAUAUUUUUUCAGUUCUAAGCUGAGCACCGCCUACAGAAGGUUUUUCUUUUGGACGCUGUCCGAACCCGUUGCUUGACGACCCAGCAGAGCACGCAAAUACGCAUCUUCGAGCAGGAUGCGCUAAAGCAAUACAGCUGUGGUCAGUGAACAGCUGGAGGGCCCCUGCCACGGGGCACUUUCAGAUCAAACAAUAGACAUCCUGUGUACAUUCCUAGUGAUGGAUCCCAAGCAAGACUAGCUGUAGCAGUGUACGGAGCACCGCCUGUCAGUGGGGCGUAGGCAGGAGCGUCCUCACGUUACCUGAAUCCAUGUUGAAACAUGACCUAAGCUUCUGCCAGCACAUUUCCCUGGCAGAGUUUUCCAACAAAAUGCCAUGCAGAGCUUCCUGUCCUCCUACGCCAGCAGUGUCACCCCCUCAGCUCUGCUGAGGCUGGCUGUGUGGUCUUGACAGAAGAGCAAAUGAGCAAAUGUGAGGAAGGAGAAAGACUUGGGGUUUUUUUUUUUUGUUUUUUUUUUUUUUUUUUUUUUUUUUUCCAGUUUUCUAGAUUAGAUCAGAAAAGGUACUAAAGCAGCUCCACAACAGUGAGGAAAUGCACCGGCGCAGGAACACGAGCUGCACUGCCAGAAAAGCCCUAAUAUGGAAGGAACUGCUCCUAUGAGCAUGACUUGGCAAGUCCAGAUUUACCUCUUGCUGGUGAAUUGCAAGAUGUUCACCUCCAUACCCUAACAUACUAGUUCCUGUUCUGCACCACAGCUUACUGUUCUAACCCGAAACAUGCGCAUUGCUGAGUUUUGGCCUUGUUCACACUUAAAUGUUGGGCACAAAGCAGACAGCAGGCGGGAAUGCUGACCUUCAUCCACAGAGAUGAUACACACAGCUUGCACCUGGAUCGACUGAAUUGGCUUAACAUGGCCGGGUGGGAACAGAAAGAAGAACAGGGAUGGCAUUUAUGUUGCUCUUAUAGGGCAACUUAUAGAACUGCUUCAUAUAGGGGUGAGGUUUUGUUUGCUUUUAGACUUUCACCCUAAAUUCACACUUCGAAGGACAGGAGCUAAUAAAUCCAAAGUCUGUGGAAGUUCACUUGCCAUAUUACACCACUUCUCGUAUUCUUGAGAAAGCACAUAAAUUUCAACUUAGCAUCACUGGGCUGGCAAAGAGGAAAAUUAAAAACACAGUUUGGUUCCAUGUUGUUUUUAAGCUAAGUCUUUGAACGUUAAGCUUAAGUCAUGCUGUUUAUUCUCAGCAUAGGAAUUCGUUCGUGGUGGUUUCCAUAGGUAUCUUAAUCAUCAAAACUAAUUAAAAAAUUAAGAUCAUGGGCUGAAUUCACAAAUACAGGAAACAAAUCACUGAAGAACAGCAGCUCAAUCUCCAUUUGGAAGAGUAGCCCCACUCCCAGCACCUCUUACCAGGCAAAAGCAAGCCCGGGAGGGGAUUCACCUGGUUGUGAGCUUUGCCUUUACUGUCAUGGUACUUGCACUUAAAAAUUAAUUCCUCGUGUAAAUUCACAAGGUAGGAGAUAACAUGGGGCAUAACUUACCAACAAUUUCCAAACAGAUGUUUGUCAUUUAGCGACCACUGCUGGUCACGUAACUUUCUGUGGCAGUUACUUGGGUCUCCUUUGGCUUGGAAGCUUCUAGGAGAGCAUCUCUGGAGAAGCUGAGAGCAGGCGGUACGCUGGGGGACCGGGUGUUUUGAGUAUGAACUCGCAUCACAUCAUCAAGUAAACUGCUGUGUCAAAUCUUUAAAAAGUGAUUCAGGACAUCUUUGUUGCUGUGCCAAGUGUAACUUAAAAAUUCGGACGCAGGCUCCUAUAAAAAAUUCCAGAGGUUAAAGUGAAAACUUGCAUACUGUGGGGUAGGUGAAAUACAUAUGUAAACUACACUGCACUAUUUCCUUAUUCCUUUAACACUCAGAAAUCACUGGAAUGUUAUACCUAACACGUAGAUGUGGUGCUUAGGGACAUGGCUUAGCAGACGCGGCAGUGCUAGGGUAACGGUUGGACUC